CAGCGUACCACGUAGUCGCAGACAUUAAACACAAACCCCUACCAUCCCUCAGUAUUUGCUGCGACACGCUUCCCGUGUGUUGCUAGGUUUAACCCGUCACAGGCUCAGUGCUCUUCGGACACCCGUUCAACCCCCUCGAUAUGUCUUUCUCGGCUGCAGACCUCCAGAAGAAACACGGCUUCGACACCCAGGAGCCGACUCCGGUUUCCCCUGUUUCCACUCCUGGUGUACAGGCCAACGGUACUCUCGACACCGACUCCCAGGAGGCGUUCCCGUCGCUGGCUCCUUCCAGCGCCGUUCCGAACGGGAAUAGGGCUCCUGCUUCUGCUUGGAGUGCUGCCGGUCCCCGCAUUAGACCUACUGUCCAGAAGGCACCUCUGUUCUCGGACUCGUUCAUCCUCUCCUCGGCCGAGAUUGCUGCCGUCGGCAAGGAUGGCAAGUCGAUCUCGUCGGGAGAGGUCAUGAAGCAGGUCAUGUCGCAGUACAAGGUCAGGUUGGAGGCGUCCACCAACUCCCGGUCUCGUCAGACUACGUUCUUCCUCAAGUCUGAAUCUCAGAAGGACCUGGAGAAGGCUAAGCGUGCUCUCCUUGCGCAUCUCAGUCCUGUGGUGUCCUUGACUCUUAACGCUCCGGCAUCUACGAUUCCGACGAUUAUUGGACCCAAGGGCGCGACGCUCAAGAAGAUUCGCGACCAAACGGGUGUUAGAGUCGACAUCCCGCGCCGCGAUACCCUUCCUCUACCCAAUGGGAACGGCAGUGCGCACCCGGCCUCUGGUGUAGCUUCUCCUGCUCCUCUGGGUGAUGAAGAGGAGGAGGAAGAGCCCACAAUUCCGAUCACGAUCACUGGACCACAGCCGCUCGCGCAGGAAGCGGAGGCCUCGCUCAAGGAAAUUAUCGCCACGAAACGCUCCCGUUCUACUCAGCGCGUGCGCGACAUCCCGGCCCAUAUCCUCCCCUUCCUGAAACCUCAUCGCGAGAGAUUCGAAGGAGCUGCGAAGGGCGAGGAGAUACAACUCUCGCUCGACGUAGAUGCGCGCGAGAUCACGGUCACCGGUGAACGCGAGGCUGUCGGCCGCGUUGUCGACACCAUCCGGAGUGCCAUGGACUACUACAAGGCAGAAGUGACGCAGAUCAAGUUCUCUUUGCCCAAGCGUCAGCACCGGCUUCUCACCGGCAAGGAUGCAGAGGACAUCCAGGCCACUUCGAAGUGCGUCGUCGUCGUCCCGAAACCGGAGGAGCCGAGCGAGGAGCUCAUCAUCUGGGGCAAGCCGAUCGACGUGGGCAAUGGUGUACAGGCUGUCAUGCAGAAGGCGAAUUCGGCGUACAUUCACGAAUUCCCUCUGCCCGGUCCCUCACCUGUAACUCGCCAGCUGCUGACCUACUUCACGCGGGUAGGGUAUGCGCAGACGCUCAGCACGCAGAACCCUGGUUGCUCGGUAUACACGCCCGCAUUGUCUACCCUGGAUAAGGCGACUGUUGUCAACGUGGACAUGGUCGGAGAGAAGUCUGCGGUCGACUCUGCGGUCAGCAUGUUCUCCGCCUUGAUUGGCAAGCUGUUCAGCGCUACCAAGGAGGUGCAGAUCGACUGGUUGGUACACCGGAUCAUCAACUCGCCGAAGAAUGCUAAGAAGAUUCGGGCGUUCCACGAAGCUCACAAUGUUUCGGUGUUCUUUCCUCCGGAGUCUGCUGAGCAGUCAUUGGUCCUGCUGGUUUACGACCCUACGUCGCCGUCCGCCUCCCCUUCUCCUGUUGAGAAAGUCAAGAAUCUCGAAGACGUUGAGAAGGAGCUCCUGAAGAUGGCGAAGGAUGCUGCGGACGUCAAGACCCAGACGAUUUCGGUUGAAAAGAAAUGGCAUGACGCUGUGGUUGGACAGAAAGGGACCACGCUGAACGCUAUCAUCGGCGAGGACAAGACGUUGUCCGUCAAGGUCGGCGCGGACGUCGGAGAUGCAUCCACUGAGGACGUGAUCAUGGUCCGCGGCACGAGCGCGGAUGUCGAUCGCGCCGUCAAGGAAAUCCUCAAGAUCGUCGAGGACGCCAAGAACGACGCAGUGGUGAGCAGCUACUCGACCGAAUUCGACAUUGGUCGCGAGUACGUCGGUCGCAUCGUCGGUGCCCAAGGCGCCGGGGUUAACAAGCUGCGGGACACGCUCGGCGUCAAGAUUGACUUCGCGGACGACGCGGACGACAAGGAGCAGGUUGUCAGCAGGAAAAAGAAGGUCGUUCAACAGUCAUCCCAUGUCAAGAUCACCGGGCGCAAGGAGAACGUCGAGGAAGCCAAGAAGAGGAUCCUCACCCAGGUCGAGCGCCUUGCGGACGAGACCUCGGAGGUUCUUAAGAUCUCUCACCAGUAUCAUUCGGGGCUCAUUGGUCAAAGCGGCAAGUACGUCGUCCGCCUGGAAGAGAAGUACAGCGUCAAGAUCAUCUUCCCUCGCGAGGAGAACGGUGACGCCAGGACCAGAGAGCAACUCAAGCCCGAUGAGGUCCUGGUGAAGGGUGGCAAGAAGGGCGUCGCCGGCGCUAAGGCAGAGCUACUUGAUGCGGUUGAGUUCGAGAAGGAGUCCAACAACGUUAUCUCGUUCACCAUCCCAGCUCGCUCGGUGGCUCGCGUCCUCGGCAGAGCCGGUGCCACUAUCAACGAGAUCAAGGACACGACCGGAGCUCAGAUCGACGUCGACAAGGCCGGAGACGAGAAGAUUGCCAACAUCUCGGUGCGCGGGACGAAGCAGGCCAUCGCAGAGGCGAAGGCUGCCAUCCUGGCGAUCUCUGACCAAGUCGGCGAGGAGACUACGGACGCCGUCAACGUUGAGAGCAAGUUCCACCGUAGCAUCAUCGGUGCCGGUGGACAGGGCCUCAAGGAGCUCAUCCUUCGUUGCGGCGGUCCUGCGGAUGCGAAGGCCCAGGCCGGCCUAGUCCGCUUUCCUAGGCAGGGUGAGACAGGAGAUGAAGUCCGCCUUCGUGGCGAGCCGAAGGUCGUCGCCAAGCUCAAGGUCGAGCUGGAGAAGAUCGCUGCUACUCUUCGUGACCGUGUCACUCUCGGCGUCGAGGUCCCCGCCGCACAACACCGCGCUCUCAUUGGCCGCGGCGGCCAGCACCUCAACGAGCUGCAGAACCGUCUCGGCGUCCAGGUGCAGUUCCCCGGCUCGCGCUCAUACAACCAAGUCGGGGAGCUCGCGAACGAGGCUGAGUUUGCCGCCGUCGACCCCGCGAACCUGGUCAAGGUCACCGGUCCUCGCGCUGCAUGCGAGAAGGCGGUCGAGGAGCUCAAGACGCAAGUCAAGCCUCCUGCGCCUGAGGCUGUCACCGCUACCGUGACGGUUCCGCUCAAGUAUCACCACGCAGUGACGCAGCAGGGCAACUUCUUCCGUAACCUGAGGACGUCGGGCGUGCAGGUUGAGCAGUCCGCCAUGCCCCAGAAGCCAGCCGUCCCUCCGAACCCUGCUCCUCAGGAGGGUGCCACAGAAGCCCGUAUCGACGAUCCCGAUGCCGAGACCCCGUCUUCCGGCGUCCAGUGGCAGGUCGUUCCUAACUACGAGGACGCCGAGGAGGGUGACUCCGAGUGGACCUUCAAGGCGCGGGACCAGGCGGGCUUGGACCGCGCUCUGAAGAUGACUCAGGGUGCUAUCGAGCACGCCGAGAAAAUGUCGCAUGUCGGUUUCCUCACGCUGCCCGAUCGGACGUCCUUCCCCAGGAUCGUUGGGUCGAAGGGCGCCAACGUUGCCCGCCUCCGCAACGAGAGCGGUGCGGAUAUCACCGUGAGCCGCGAAGACACCACCAUCGUCAUCAUCGGCUCCGAGACUGCUAUCGAGACGGCGAAGGAGGCGAUCCUGAAAAUCGCAAACACGAACUCUCGCUCUCGGGGCCGCCGUGACGCGUAAAAUUAACGUUGCUUUGUUAUCGCUCUGCUCAUGCCGUUCUCCGUGGGUUAAUGUUAUUGUGGGUAGCGGGGGAGGGUCCAAAGAAAUAAUCGUACACGCUAGCUCUCGGAAUUACAUCUCUCUACAUCACUAGGACGAUACUGUGGUGGCAUCAUAUCCGUGGAGACUUCGACGAAAAAACAUGGAGCGAC